UGUACCCUUGCGUUCUGCAAGAGGCAGUUUGUUGUGUACGUGCAAGCGGCGCGGGUGUAUAUGCUAGCGUCGGUAUGAUCCAAACAAAAUAAAGGUAAAAAAAAAGUGGGAAGACUUAUGUACCAAAUCGAAUAAAAAUAUAUUAAUAACGUGUUUUAUUCGCAAUAAACUUGGAUAAUGAUCCAAUAAUAAACGGAAAUAGUAUCUAGAAUAGUUAAAUGAUGUGCAAGUGAAGUUUGUUGACGUGAGUUAAAAUGCCAAGGAUUUACGCGCGAACCGGCAAAAAAAUGUUCUGCGUUGUCGCAGUUUUCAUGAGCCUAAUUAUUAGCAUCAAUUCAUUAUCUCAGACAACACGAAGUAUCAACGAAGAAUACCCUAGAGAAGCAUACUUCAAUGGAACAACGUUUCUCAAGCUUUCUUCUAUGGUAUCAGUCCAUCGACAUAGCGGUCUUAGUUUUAGAACUUGUGAAGGAGGAAGACUCUUUACUCAAAGCUAUAAUGACGACACCAUUAGCUUAGAUGUCACAGUAGAUGGCCUAGUUUUUACUGCAUUUAUUGAUAAUCAAAAGUAUGAAUCAAAGUUGAGUGCUAAACUUCUAAACAAUGUUUGGCAAAAUGUCAAUUUGUUCUUCAGGCUUGGGAAUCUGACUCUUACUGCAGCUGGUCACAGUCAGAUCAUUGCCAAUGCCACUUAUAAUUCAGCGAUCCUUAUGCUUCCUGAUUAUAACGUUAAUAACACACUGAUUGUUGGAGAUGGCUUCAAAGGAUGCAUCCUACAAGGACCUGGAAUUCUCUUUAAUAAUACUGUCAAUUAUGGAGCACUAUUAGGAACUUGUCCAUCUGAUACUAGAGGAUGUGAAUACAGCAUACUCAGCAGGCUGGCUGCAAUUUCAACAGACACCACAACCACCAAUUACUGCCACAACGAACCAUGCAUGAUGCACGGUAAAUGCGUAUCACGACAGGACCGUUACGAGUGUCAAUGUUCUGCUCGAUACUCUGGAAAAAAUUGUCAAAUCGACAAUGGCUCACCAUGCAACAGUAAUCCCUGCAGGAAUUUGGGUACGUGUGAAGAGAAUGAAAUAGGAGAUUAUACUUGCACCUGUGCACCAGGGUAUGCAGGACGUUUCUGUGAAUCUCAACUAGGAGUAAGACCAUGUAAAGACCAUGCAAAUCCUUGUCAAAAUAAAGGCAUUUGUGUGGCUUUAACAGAGACUGAAUAUAAGUGCAAAUGUAAUUCCGGCUGGUCUGGUAGGAAUUGUGAAAUAAAUAUAAAUGAAUGUGAAUCAAACCCUUGCAAGAACGGUGGUCGAUGUAUUGAUGGAGUCAACAAUUAUACUUGUAGAUGUGAAAGCACUGGAUAUGAAGGAAAAAAUUGUGAAGUCAAUAUUGAUGAGUGUGUCAAUAACCCAUGUUUGAAUAAUGGCAAAUGUUUUGACAAUUAUGGUGGUUACGUUUGUCAUUGUCCCGAAGGAUUCGAAGGACAAAAUUGUGAAUUAAAUUUAAACGAGUGUUUGUCAGGACCCUGCCUUAAUGGUGGCACAUGUACAGAUGUUGUAGGCUCUUAUUACUGCAUGUGCCCAAGUGGGUUUGGUGGCCAGCAUUGUGAACGUCCCAGUAAUUGUGAAAAUGCUGCGUGUCCAGCUAAUAGUAUAUGCUUAGAUGUUAAAGGAGGACUCCAGUGUGUUUGCAAACCAGGCUACAUGGGUAAUCCACCCAACUGUACCAUUAAUUAUUGUGCUAGUAACCCUUGUGUCAAUGGUGGAACCUGCACAAGCAAUGAUGAUGGAUAUAACUGUACCUGCACAAAUGAGUGGAAAGGAUCGCAUUGUCACAUUCCAAUCUCUGACUGGUGUUCAAUUUGUUAUAAUGGCGGUACUUGCAUUGAAACUACUUACGGGGUCAUGUGUCAAUGUCCUAGAUUCUGGACAGGAUCACAGUGCAAGGAGCCAGUUACUUGUCGAAAUCUUCCAUGUACUCAAGCCACUUCUUGUCAUGAUUUUCCUGGUGGUUAUUACUGCAACUGUGAACCCGGCUGGACAGGACCGGAAUGUUCUAUAGACAUUGAUGAAUGUUCAAGUGAUCCUUGCAGAAAUGGAGGAAUAUGCAUCGAUCAAAUUAAUACAUAUUACUGUCAGUGUUUACCUGGUUACACUGGUAAAAACUGUCAAAUCAAUGUCGACGAAUGUCUCUCUCAACCGUGUCUCAAUGGAGGGACUUGUGUAGAUGGUAUGAGUGGAUAUACCUGCAACUGUACUCAAGAUUAUAUGGGUGAACAUUGCGAGCGUGAAUAUGAUGCCUGCUCUUUAAAUCCAUGCAAAAACAAUGGCACUUGUACGUUAACACCAAGAUCGAAACGUGAAUAUGUGUGUCAUUGUCCACGUGGCUUCGAGGGGAAAAAUUGUGAAAUUGACGUCGAUGAGUGCGUAUCUGUCGUUUGUCCAGAAAACAAAGUAUGUGUUGAUGGAGUUGUUGGAUAUGAAUGUAAAUGUCGAGAGGGAUAUAGAGAACCUAAUUGUACAUUAAUUAUUGAUCAUUGUGCUCCGAAACCAUGUAAUAAUGGUACCUGUAUCAACUUGCCAGAUGAUGGAUUCCACUGUAAUUGUAAUCCAGGAUUCACUGGGUUAUACUGUGAUACAGAUAUUAAUGAGUGUCAAGUACUUGGAAAUAAGUCAUGUAAUUACGGACUUUGUAUUAACACAAUCGGAAGUUUUAACUGUUACUGCCGACCAGGAUUUUCAGGGGAUCAUUGCGAUGUAGAUGUUAAUGAAUGUCUUUGUGGUCCCUGCCAAAAUAAUGCAACUUGCAUCGAUAAAAUCAAUGACUUCGAUUGCAUCUGUCCGCCUGGUUAUGGUGGAGAAAUAUGUGAAAUAGAUGUAAACGAAUGUGAAAGUAACCCAUGUCAACAUGACUCUGUUUGUAUCGAUCAAAUUGCUGCAUAUAAGUGUAUUUGUACUCCAGGUUUUACUGGGCACAAUUGCGAAUUAAAUAUAGACGAUUGUCGUUCGCAACCCUGCUUAAAUUAUGGUAGAUGUAUUGAUGGUAUCAAUAAUUAUACAUGUGAUUGUACAAAUACCGGAUUUGAAGGUUUUCAUUGUGAAAAUAAUAUCGAUGAAUGCCGUUCUAAUCCAUGUGUGAAUAACGCCCUAUGUAUCGAUGAUAUUAAAACAUAUAAGUGUCGAUGUUAUUCGGGAUAUACUGGACAAAAUUGCGAAAUAGAUAUCAAUGAAUGUGAGAGCUCACCAUGUCAGUAUAAUGGAACUUGUUUAGAAAGAUCCAAUCAAGAAUUGUAUAAAAGUAAUGCUCGUAAUCUCCCAGCUAUUUUUACUCAAGAAUUUAAUUACUCAACUGCAAGUGGAUAUGAGUGUCUCUGUAUCCAAGGUCUCACUGGGAAAAACUGUGAAAAAAACAUUAAUGAGUGCGAGAGCAAUCCUUGUUUAUUUGGAACAUGUAAGGACAGAAUUGGAGGAUAUACUUGUGAGUGUGAUGAAGGUUUCGAAGGAGAUCAUUGCCAACAUGAUAUUGAUGAGUGUAUGCAGUAUCAACCCUGCCAACAUGGAAGUUGUACUGACGGUCGUGCUGAUUAUUAUUGCAGUUGUGAUCCUCUUUAUGGCGGAAAAAAUUGUUCAGUAGCUCUUAUUGGUUGUCAAGGUAAUGCUUGUCACAAUGGUGGAACCUGUUGGCCAUACUUGGUUAAUGAAACUGAACACAAAUUUAAUUGUACUUGUCCUAGUGGAUUUCAUGGAGAUACUUGCGAUCAUGUAACAACUAUGUCUCUAAGUGGUAAUUCUUAUGUAAUGAUUAAUACAAGUCGUGACGAAGGCUAUGAUAUUCAAUUUCGAUUCCGCACAACUCUUCCGAAUGGGCUUUUGGCCAUGGGUAAAGGAACAACAUUCUACAUUCUUGAAUUAGUUGAUGGAAAACUCAAUUUACAUUCUAGUAUUCUUAAUAAAUGGGAAGGAGUAUUUAUUGGAAGUGGAUUAAAUAAUUCUAAAUGGCAAAAAGUAUUUGUUGCUAUUAAUGCAACUCACUUAGUACUUUCAGCAAAUGAAGAACAAACAAUUUACCCGAUAAAUUUAAAUGAAGGAUCCACCACAUCACCAACCACUUUUCCCACAACUUAUGUUGGUGGAACAAUCAGUUAUCUUAGAAAAUUACCACACGGGCCACCAUUUUUUGUUGGUUGCACUGAAGACGUUAUUAUCAAUGGUGAAUGGAUUUAUCCCGGAAUUAACUCAGAUUCUGUAUUGAUGGAACUCAUUGAACCUGUAUGUCCACGUGAAGAACAGUGCUCACCAAACCCUUGUAAAGCCGGCGGACAUUGCACAGACAGAUGGAGAGACUUUUCAUGUAAAUGUGAACGUCCAUAUCUAGGGCAUACAUGUCAGUACAACAUGACAGCAGCAACUUUCGGUUAUGAAAACAUCACAGAUGGUUACGUAACUGUUAAAGUAUUUGAUGCAGCAAGAAGAGCUGUUCGAUAUAUUGUAGAUAUUUCAAUGUUUGUUCGUACUCGAGAGCAACGUGGCGAUAUUUUCUAUUUAGGAUCAGAGCUAAGCAAUAAUUUAGAUACUAAAUCGUCAGAAAAUACUUACAUUGCAGCACAACUAGAAGGUGGAGAACUUCUUGUUAGAAUGCAAUUUAAUGGAACUGAGUCUUAUACAGUGGAUGGAGUUAAAUUAAAUGAUGGUAAUAAUCAUUUAAUCCAAGUUAUUAGAAACAUUACUUUAGUUCAAGUUAAAAUAAAUGGAACCGAAUACUUCCGAAAAACAAUUAGUGCGACAGGACAACUAAAUGCAACCGUUUUAUACCUUGGAGGUUUACCACAGUUAUCUAGAUAUAUUCGUCAAGUUGACAGUAGACAAAUGGAACCUGAAUUAAUGCCACAAGUUAACUUUAAAGGAAUUAUUCAAGAUGUACAGAUAUCUAACGGUGUUGAUACAAUGGUCGUUGAAUUUUAUCCAUUGAAGGCUAAAGAUAUUCCGCCGCCAAUCUCAUUUGGAAAUGUUACAAUGGACCGAGAGAAAGUUUUAGCUGGAGUGAUAUCAGAUAAUGUUUGUGACAGUAAUCCUUGUUAUCAUAAUGGAAGUUGUUAUGUUACUUGGAAUGAUUUCUGGUGUCAAUGUCCGAAAGGAUAUACUGGAAAGACAUGCCAAGAAAUGGAGUUUUGUCAACUACAAGAUUGCCCUUCUGGAUCGAAAUGUCAGAAUUUGGAUGGUGGUUACGAAUGCAUAGCGAAUGCUACUUUUGAUGGUAUCAGCACAUCCUUCACUUACGUUUUUAAUCAAAUUCAACAGACAAAUGUCACAGAGCUAUACAUGAAUUCCAUUGAAAUCACAUACAGAUCUAACAGUGGUGGAACUAUAAUGCAUAUUGCACGAUAUGCAGGUGACGAACAUUUUACAAUUUCAGUUUAUAAAGAUAAUAUUACUGUUGAAUGGAAAUUAGAUGCUUUACAUCAAGACGUAAUAACAUUCAAGAAGGAUGAUUUCGAUGGCAGUUGGACGUCAAUUAUUUUACAGUGGAACAAUAACUUCUUAGUUUGUGGGCAUGCUGACUCUUUUGACGAAACAUCAUCACCCUCAAGUUCAAAGUUUAGUUUUGAUUUACUGUAUGACUUGCUCAAUACUGGCACAGUUACUUUAGGAGGUUUAACGAGUGGCAAUUUGUGGGAUGGAAGUUCUAGUUACGCUAUAAAUGAGAAAGGUAUUCACGGAAAUAGUGUAGAAUUUAUGGAUCAACAUCAAUUAACUACACCACUACCAUCUCACAUGAUGAUGUCGGGAGAUGCAUUCAAAGGUUGUCUUGGAGAAGUUCGAAUUGGUGGUAUGCUACUCCAUUAUUAUACCUUUGAUCAAGUAUAUGGGAAUGCUAAUUUUACCCCUACUGAAUACUUUGCUCUAAAAACUAACACCACUCAUGAUAGCAUUGGCUGUCGACUCUGUUUUGAAAAUGAAUGUAAAAAUAAUGGUCACUGCCAAGAUCAAUUUAAUAGUUACGUUUGUGAUUGUCCUCCUGGUUACUCAGAAGAUGAUUGUUCAGUAGACAUCGAUGAAUGUGAAAGCAAUAAUUGUCAGAAUAAUUCUACUUGCAUCGAUGGUAUUGCUAAUUAUACUUGUGAAUGUAAUAAAGGAUGGCAGGGCUGGCUUUGCGAUAAAGAUAUUAACGAAUGUGUACCCACAAGUCCUUGUCAACAUGAUGGAGUAUGUGUAAAUCUUCCUGGUUCUUUCCGUUGUGAGUGUCCAGAUUCAUUUACCGGUGAACUCUGUCAACAUUUCCGACUUAUUACAUGUAAAGAACAUCCAUGUGCUAACGGCUCAACUUGUACAGAUGUGGUAAAUCCUAAAACUGGUGAUAAUUUUACUUGUACAUGUAUGACUGGGUAUGAAGGUCCCAGAUGUGAUAUGCUUUAUUGCAACGUAAGGAAAUGUCAAAAUGGUGGUAGAUGUAACUCAUUCCCCUACCAGGAACCUCAAUGUACUUGUCCUGUUGGAUUUACUGGACUCUAUUGUGAAAUAAAUAUUGAUGAUUGUGCUCCUGAUGAACAAGGAAAUCCUAAAUGCAAAAAUAAAGGACAAUGUGUUGAUAAAAUUAAUAACUAUGAAUGUAAUUGUACUGGAACAGGAUAUAAAGGAGACGACUGUAGUAUUGAUAUUAAUGAAUGUAUUCAAAAUAAUUAUGACUGUGGAUCAGGACAAUGCAUCAAUCUCCCGGGUUCAUUCGAAUGUAGAUGCGACCAUGGAUAUUGCGGCAAACAUUGUGAAAUGUUGAAUCCUUGCACUGAGGAUAUCUGCAUGAAUGGCGGUACUUGUGAAUGCAAUUUAGCUAGUGGUUAUACAUGCAUGUGUAUUCCUGGUUUCACAGGACAAAAUUGCACAGAUUCACAGGUUUUAGCAGAAAGUCAAGCGAUCAAUAUUUUCAUGAUUGUUGGACCGAUAGUUGGGAUAUUACUUCUUUCCGCUGCGGGAUCACUCACUGCAUUAUUUAUGAUGGCAAGAAAGAAAAGAGCGACUCGAGGUACAUACAGUCCAAGUGCUCAAGAAUUCAGUAAUCCAAGAGUGGAAAUGGAUAACGUUAUGAAACCACCACCAGAAGAAAGAUUAAUUUGAGGAUAAAUUGAAUUUACCGAAGGAAAAUUUAUCACAAUUUCUAGUCCUCACUGCAUUAUCUUUCGAUUUUUUAAGGAAUGAAACGAUAUGCUCAGAUAUUAUUUUGUUUUAUUGUUUUACUCCUUAUGCUCCAAAUUUUAUACAUAGAUAAGAAUGACUUGACAUUCACAUGACAUUAAAUAACAUUGCAAUUAAUGAUGAUUAUAAUUAAAAUGUUAAAGUGUACUUAAGACUCGUGAUGCAACUUUCUAAGGCGAUAAACAAGAAAUUAUUUUAAAAAAACGUCAAAGGCCCGUCCAUUUAGUGCCUUAUAUUUUAUUUGUUUUAAUGAUGAUUGCUAUAUUUAUAUAAAAACUGUGAACAUUA